GGUGCAUAAAUUCAGUGCACGUGCAAAUGGAUUUAAUCAAUCGUGAGUUUCGCAGCCGAAAUAAUUAACUGGCUCAGCAUCUGCUUUUAUAAUAUCUAGACGCACUUGAGACAUAAAUCAACAUGGACGGCUAUGUCGACAAGAUUUCGCGCGUGUUCAGCGACAGCCGCAUGCAGCUGGUGACAACGGCGGUGGCGGCUUCCGCGGUGACGGCCAGCGUGAUGUGGGGCACUCGCCAGGUGCAGCGCAAAAAGCGCGUGCGCGACCUCAAGAAAACCACGAUUGAAAUGCAGGAGUUCGAUGAGUUGCACUCCGCCAGCCAAGAAUCGUUGUCUGCGGAGGUGACCAAGCAGACUCCGAUCAGCCUGUCGUCCAACGAGGAGGCGCUGAUCCGCGAGCAGCUCGCCCGGCACUAUGCAUUCCUGGGCGACGCGGGCAUGGAAAAGGUGCGCGGCGGAUUUGUCGUUGUUGUGGGCGCCGGCGGAGUGGGCUCGUGGGCGGCCAUGAUGCUGGUGCGGUCGGGUGUGCAACGCAUCCGUGUGGUGGACUUUGACCAGGUCACGCUGAGCUCUCUCAACCGGCACGCUGCGGCCACCAGGGCCAACGUCGGAAUUUCCAAGGUUGAAGCGCUAAGGAUGAGCUUUGCCGAUAUUGCGCCGCACGUCUGCGUUGACGCGCGCGUGGCGCUGUUUAGCGCAGCCAACGCGGCAGAGCUCCUGGAUGGACAGCCCGACAUGGUGCUGGACUGCAUCGACAACAUGGACACCAAGAUCGAUCUUCUGGCGUACUGCAAGGCGAACAAAAUCAAGGUCAUCAGCGCGAUGGGUGCUGGCAUGAAGGCUGACCCGUCUAGAGUGCAGAUUGCCGACAUCAGCGAUACGUUUGAGGACCCGAUGUCCCGCGCGGUGCGCCGCCGCCUGAAGGCGCGCGGUAUCUUGAGCGGCAUCCCCGUGGUCUACUCUACGGAAAAGCCUGGCAAGGUCCAGCUGGUUUCGCUGGCCGAUAGCCAAACGGAAGCUCCUGGCGACUUUUCAGUGCUUCCUGACUUUCGCGUGCGCAUCGUGCCUGUGCUUGGCACCAUGCCAGCACUUUUUGGCAUUGCCAUGGCCACCAAUGUGCUCACCGAGCUGGCCGGCUUUCCGACAGAGCCCCUGGCCAUCAAGGGCCGACACGCACUAUAUGCCAGGAUGCAGCGCGAGCUGGGCACGCGCGAAAGCAAGGUUCCUGCCAGUGCCGGCGGGCCGAUGCUGCAGAUGAGCGUGGACGAUGUUGGAUACAUGCUGGAGGAAAUCUGGCGCGGCAGAAGCGCUGUCUCGGGGUCGACCGACAGGCUGGUGCUGACCAGAUGGCACCGUGAAAAGCCGAUGAGCACUGGAAACUGCAUUAGCUUGACCAGGGCUGAGGCCGAUAAGCACGAUGCGCUAGAAUGUGCACCAGAGGAUUACUAUUCGCCGGAAAUUGUUGCUUUUAUCGAACGCCGGCUGGCUGAGGAGCGGCAUCUGAGCACGAUGCGCUAGGAUGAAUGUUAUAUACAAUACACCAGCAGCGGUAUUUGCUAACCAAGUGGUAGACUAGUUGAAAAGUGCGUUGAACAAGUCAAUUUGUGCUGACAUAAUAUCCGUUGAGCAGGCUCGAGACUUCAACUUACGUUGUGGUAUUUGAAAAUGAAAAUAAAAAGGGGUGACAAGCUAUGAAGUGUUGGAUAUAUACAUUAAAUACUAAAUAUGUGAGGCUAUUGGAUAUAUGCUCUGUGAUUCAUAAAGCCAGACGAGACAAAUUGUGUGUUAAGGUCCUAUUAGGAUACCCCGCGGCUGCAACCAACCACAGCAGAAAUGGCAUUUAGUUUUGUUGUUCAACAGCACCCAUCCACUCUCAAACAUUCAAUACAUAUGUAAAUGUGUAACCAAUCAGAACAUUGUUUCGAGCGUUUCGCUGCCUGUGAUGAACUUCCCUAGAACUAGAUCUGGUUCU